CUAAAUCCAGAUUUAUUGAGUGAAAAAAGGCUUCUGUCUCCAUUCGGACUUAAGCCCAAUAAUUUCGCUCUCUUUCUACAUGCGGCCCAAAAUCCACACUAAUUGCAUCUUUCUAAUCUAUUUCCAUGCCCAUCUUUCUAAUAUUUUACGAGGCCCAUCUUUUCUCUCAUCACUAAACUGCGACACGCUGCCGUGCGUCACAGUUCAACUCUCUCUCCUCCACUCCGUCUCUCCCUUCUGUCCCCCACUUUCACUGUCUGUCUACUAAAAAUUUCCGUGACUGAAUAAAAGCGAAAGGUAAAAAACGAAAAGAAAAGAAAUGAAGAGCAUCUUCUUCUCGGCAUCACAGCUCCUCUCAAGAUCAGCGGUUCUCUUCGUCACAGCUCGCUCCUCUGCUUCCCCGUUGCGACAAGUUUCACUCCGGCUCUCCCUCUCCUGCAACUCCGCCUCUCUUUUCCCCUCCCAAAGCUUUGCGACCAUGGCGGCGUCGGCUGCCGACGAAUUCGUCAAGGGGAACAUCCAUCCCAACGGCGUCGCUGUCAUCACUCUCGACCGUCCCAAAGCUCUCAACGCCAUGAACCUAGAUAUGGACAUUAGAUACAAGAGUUUCCUUGAUGAAUGGGAGGCGGAUCCGAACGUGAAGUGCGUGCUAGUGGAAGGCAGCACUCCUCGCGCUUUCUGUGCAGGAAUGGAUAUUAAAGGGGUUGUUGCUGAAAUUCGCCAGGACAAAAAUACGCCUCUUGUGCAGAAGGUGUUCACUGCAGAAUACUCUCUGAUAUGCAAAAUCGCUGCAUAUAAGAAACCAUAUAUAGCUCUUAUGGAUGGGAUAACAAUGGGGUUUGGACUAGGUCUAUCUGGCCAUGGUCGCUACCGAAUUAUAACAGAGAAGACGCUUCUAGCUAUGCCGGAAAAUGGAAUUGGCCUGUUUCCUGAUGUAGGGUUUUCAUACAUAGCAGCACAAAGCCCCGGAGAAGGAUCAGUUGGAGCUUAUCUUGGAUUGACUGGGAAGAGGAUUUCUACUCCCUCCGAUGCACUAUUUGUAGGCCUCGGGACACACUAUGUCCCAUCUGGAAACUUAGGAUCAUUGAAGGAGGAGCUUUUGGCUGCUAACUUUUCCCAAGAUCCACAUCAUGAUGUCAAAGGACUUAUAGGGAAGUACAAGCAUGACCCUGAGACAGAGGCCCCGUUAAAGUUACUCUUGCCUCGAAUCAUCUCUACAUUUGGUGGACAUAAGUCGUUAAAGGAGAUUAUUGAGGAGCUGAAACAGCAUAAACAGAGUGCCGAUACUAAAGUGGCAGAGUGGGCCACCGAAGCUCUUCAGGGUCUUGAAAAGGGUGCUCCAUUUUCUCUUUGCCUGACACAAAGCUACUUCUCCAAAGUUGCAUCUGCCUAUGGAAGAACCUCCAAUGAAUUAUCAACACUAACUGGAGUAAUGAGAACCGAGUAUCGCAUUGCCUUGAGGUCUUCUCUGCGCAAUGAUUUCGCUGAAGGUGUCAGAGCAGUAUUGGUGGACAAAGAUCAGAACCCCAAAUGGGAGCCACCAAGCCUGGAAGAAGUUGAUCAUAAUGAAGUGGAAUCUCUGUUUAAGCCAUUGGGUUCAGAAACUCCAGAGCUGGAAGUGUAAGUCCUGCCAACAAAGCAUAGUGAUGUUCGCUCCUGACUCUUCGGGCAUCAGUGUCAGGUGUACUUGCGUUCUGAAGGACAGUAGAAUGUGGCAUCCAUCUGUUGUAAUAAAUCCUCCACGCUUUAUCCACCUUCUAGCAUUGUGCUUAUGAUAUGCACAUGUUUCGUCUAACAUCGAACGAGUGUGAACUCGUCCCAUUACUUCUUUUGGUGAUUUUCUAUGUUUUCCUCGCGUCGAAAUCCAGCUUUCAAUCCCUUUAACGAGAGCUGGUAAAUCCGCACAAGCAGGGCUUCGUAUCUAAGUUGGCACUAUGGUUAAACACAAGUUAUUUGAAUUUUUGUUCCAUGAACAAAAUGUACAUGAAUUA